UUUUACUCUGAAAGAAAAAGAAGAACAAAAGAGGCAAAUAUGGCGCCUGCUGUCACAGAGACCGUGGCUCAAGUCACCGAAAACCUCAAGCAAAAGGUCGUUACAAGCUUGAAAGACCAAGUCGAGCCGAGCCGAGAGACCGGACACCGUGAACCACUGAAGCUGAGCGGUGCCCUCGAUCAAUUCAAGCAAUUUGAGGUCACUCCAGUGAUCGGCAAAGAGUUUGUGGACGUUGACUUGGCAGAGUGGCUGAAAGCACCUAACUCGGACGAGCUACUUAGAGAUCUGGCAAUUACUGUAUCUCAAAGAGGCGUUGUUUUCUUUCGGAAGCAAGACAACAUCACAAACGACCUCCAAAAGGAACUCGUGCAGCGCCUUGGCGCGCUCUCCGGGAAGCCAGCGACCUCUGGCUUGCAUAUUCACCCCGUUAACAACGCCGGCCGGGAGCAUAGUGUAGAAGACAACGAAAUCAGUGUCAUCUCGUCUGAACAAGCCAAAAAGAUCUACGCCGACCGCUUUUUACGGACUAAUAAGCGCCAGAGUCAGAAGUCCCAAUGGCACUCUGAUAUUACAUUUGAGCCUAUCCCGAGUGACUACGCUCUGUUGAGACUAACAGAAUUGCCCACAACUGGUGGAGAUACACUAUGGGCUUCCGGAUAUGAGCUGUACGAUCGCAUCUCUAAGCCACUGCAGGGUUUCCUAGAUGGUUUAACUGCCUACUAUGCUCAGCCUGGAUUCAAGGAGGCAGCUGACCACAACGGAUUUUCUCUCUUCUCUGCCCCUCGAGGAGCUCCCGAAAACAUCGGCGAUGUUCUGGAGGCUAUUCACCCUGUGAUCCGGACCAAUCCUGUUACUGGAUGGAAGAGUGUCUUUGCCGUGGGUCACCACGUUCAGCAUAUCCAUGGCUUAUCAGAAGAGGAAUCGAAGCAUUUCCUCAACUGGUUUGUUCAAUUAAUCGUCGAAAACCAUGAUCUACAGGUCCGCAACCGUUGGCAGAAUGUGAAUGAUCUGGCGAUCUGGGACAACCGAAGUGUGUACCACGCUGCUACACCAGAUUACCUCAACCAAGGACUUGGUGAGCGGACUGGGUCAAGAUCUGUGAGCUUGGGCGAGAAGCCUUACUUUGAUCCUCAAAGUUUGAGCCGCCGAGAAGCGAUUGCACUUGGAAAAUCAUGA